GCGCAGCUCACCGGGUCUCCUCUGUGCUCUCCUCCGUCUGCCACUUCUGCUGCGAGGAUCAUCCGCAAACCAUCUCUAAAGCAUGGGAUUCCGUCUGCGGACAUUGACGUGGAGCAAAUGCGCUGCGUAAUGCGCCUUGGAGAGCGUCCUUGCGGGGGGAAUAUUCAUGUUUUGGAUCGGUUUUGUUGGAGGAGCAGCUAGUUGCUAGUGCUGGGCUAGCGCUGUGCUGCUGGCUGCUACUGAUCUGCGCGAAGAUGCUACGGUGGAUACGACAGCAGCUGGGUGUAGAUCCGCCCCAUCAGAGUGACACCAGGACUGUUUACGUGGCCAAUCGUUUCCCCCAAAAUGGACACUACAUCCCCCAGCGCUUCGCCGACAACCGCAUCAUCUCAUCCAAGUACACAAUCUGGAACUUUGUCCCCAAGAAUCUGUUCGAGCAGUUCAGAAGAAUCGCCAACUUCUACUUCCUCAUCAUCUUCCUGGUGCAGUUGAUGAUCGACACGCCCACGUCACCUGUCACCAGUGGACUCCCUCUCUUCUUUGUCAUCACCGUCACCGCCAUCAAACAGGGCUACGAGGACUGGCUCAGACACAAGGCCGAUAAUGAGGUGAACGGGGCUCCAGUGUACGUGGUGCGCAGUGGAAGUCUGGUCCAAACUAGAUCCAAAAACAUCCGGGUGGGGGACAUCGUGCGUGUGGCUAAAGACGAGACUUUCCCUGCCGACCUGGUGCUCCUGUCCUCAGAGCGACCUGACGGCACCUGUCACAUCACCACGGCCAGUCUGGACGGGGAAACCAACCUCAAGACUCAUUACUCUGUGGCAGAGACCUCUGUGUGUCAGUCGGUCUCUCAGCUCGAGUCUCUGCAGGCCGUGGUGGAGUGUCAGCAGCCAGAGGCCGAUCUGUACAGGUUUGUUGGUCGUAUCACAGUGACUCAGCAUGGGGAGGAGAUCGUCAGACCGCUGGGCCCCGAGAACCUGCUGCUGCGAGGAGCCAGGCUGAAAAAUACCAAAGAAAUUUAUGGUGUGGCGGUCUACACGGGGAUGGAGUCUAAAAUGGCCUUGAACUACAAAUGCAAGUCCCAGAAGCGCUCGGCAGUGGAAAAGUCGAUGAACUCCUUCCUGAUCAUUUACCUGGGCAUUCUUCUGACGGAGGCCAUCUUGAGUACCAUCCUGAAGUACGCGUGGCAGAGCGAGGACAAAUGGGACGAGCCUUUUUACAACCAGAAGACGGAGCAGGAGCGGAACAGCAGCCCGAUUCUGAAGUUCAUCUCAGACUUCCUGGCGUUCCUGGUCCUGUAUAACUUCAUCAUUCCCAUCUCUCUGUACGUUACCGUGGAGAUGCAGAAGUUCCUGGGUUCUUUCUUUAUCGGGUGGGACCUGGACCUGUACCACGAGGAGAGCGACCAGAAGGCUCAGGUCAACACCUCUGACCUCAACGAGGAGCUGGGACAGGUGGAGUACGUCUUCACAGAUAAGACAGGAACUCUCACAGAGAACGAGAUGCAGUUUCGGGAGUGUUCCAUAAACGGGACUAAAUAUCGAGAGGUGAACGGAAAACUGGUGCCAGAGGGUCUGACCGAGGACUCACCGGACGGCUCCAAUCCAAACAUGGCUGGAGAGGAGCUGCUGUUCCUCAAAGCUGUGGCCUUGUGUCACACGGUUCAGAUCAGCUACGAUCAGCCCGACUGCACUGUCCCAGGAUCAGACCCUUUCUCUCACGUCAACGGCUUCUCUGCAAAUCACAUGGAAUACUACGCCUCCUCCCCCGACGAGAAGGCCCUGGUGGAGGCUGCAAAGAGAAUCGGAGUAACCUUCACCAGCAGCAACGGAGACACGGUGGAGGUCAAAACGUUCGGAAAGAUGGAAAAGUUCAAGCUCCUCCACGUUUUAGAGUUCGACCCAAACAGAAGAAGGAUGAGCGUCAUUCUACAGACUCCAGCAGGAGGACAGAUCAUGUUCACCAAGGGAGCGGAGUCGGCCAUUUUGCCUUUCACCAGCAGCGGGGAGAUGGAGAAGACGAGACUGCACGUCGACGAGUUUGCUUUGAAAGGCUUGCGCACCCUGGUGGUGGCCUGCCGUCACUUCAGCCCAGAGCAGUACUCCGAGGUGGACAGACGUCUGAACGCGGCACGCACCGCUCUGCAGCAAAGAGAAGAGAAGCUCCAAGAGGCUUUUAACUUCAUCGAGAGGGACCUGCACCUGCUGGGAGCCACUGGGGUCGAGGACAAACUCCAGGACAAAGUGCAGGAGACCAUAGAAGCCCUGCGACUGGCUGGGAUCAAAGUAUGGGUGCUGACUGGGGACAAACACGAGACGGCGGUCAGUGUGAGCCUGUCCUGCGGCCACUUCCACAGAACCAUGAACAUCCUGGAGCUCCUGCAGCAGAGGUCUGACAGUGAGUGUGCGGAGCAGCUACGCAGGCUGGCACGAAGGAUAAAGGAGGACCAUGUGAUUCAGCACGGCCUGGUGGUGGACGGGGCCAGUUUGUCUCUGGCUCUGAGGGAACAUGAGAAGCUCUUUAUGGAAGUGUGUAAGAACUGCUCUGCUGUGCUGUGCUGCCGGAUGGCCCCUCUGCAGAAGGCAAAGGUGGUGCGUCUCAUAAAAACGUCCCCAGAGAAACCCAUCACUUUGGCUGUAGGUGACGGAGCUAAUGAUGUCAGUAUGAUACAAGAGGCCCACGUAGGCAUCGGUAUUAUGGGUAAAGAGGGGAGGCAGGCCGUGAGAAACAGUGACUAUGCAAUCGCCAGGUUUAAGUUCCUGGCCAAACUUCUGCUGGUGCACGGACACUUCUACUACAUUCGGAUAGCAACUCUUGUACAGUACUUUUUCUACAAGAAUGUGUGUUUUAUCACUCCCCAGUUUUUAUACCAGUUCUUCUGUCUGUUUUCACAACAAACCCUGUACGACAGCGUGUACCUGACGCUCUAUAACAUCUGCUUCACGUCUCUGCCCAUCCUGGUCUACAGCCUGUUUGAGCAGCCUGUGCACCCCCAUGUGCUGCAGAGCAAACCAGCCCUGUACAGGGACAUCAGCAGAAACUCCAUGCUGUCGUUCCAGACCUUCCUGUACUGGACUGUGCUGGGCUUCUGUCACGCCUUUGUGUUUUUCUUUGGCUCCUACAUCCUGAUGGGAGAAGACACCAGCCUCAUGGGGAACGGACAGAUGUUUGGAAACUGGACAUUUGGGACGCUGGUCUUCACUGUCAUGGUCAUCACUGUCACAUUAAAGUUGGCGUUGGAGGCUCACUUCUGGACCUGGAUGAACCAUUUUGUGACGUGGGGCUCCAUUGCGUUUUACUUCAUCUUCUCGCUGUUUUAUGGAGGCAUCAUCUGGCCGUUCCUGCACACACAGGACAUGUACUUCGUCUUCGUGCAGCUCCUGUCCAGCGGCUCUGCCUGGUUCGCCAUCUUCAUCAUCGUCAUCACCUGCCUCUUCCCUGACGUCAUCAAGAAGGUGUUCUACAGACACCUGAAGCCCACCAACACCCAGAAGAGCCAGCCUCUAUCAGCCUCCCAGGCGCCGUCCCUCAGCUGUAUGGAGUCCCUGUGCUGCUACCAACAUGGGCAGAGCGGCUGUACCCGCCUGGUCCGCCUCCUGGAACAAGUGACAGGCCAGUGCCAGAACAGCGCCCCCCACUGUCCAACUGUGGGACGACACAACAGAUCAUGGAGCGAUCCCGAGAAUUUCUCCAACGACAGAAGCAUCCUGACGCUGUCCCCCAUCGAAGCCACGCACUGCUGAAGCCGACGCGCAUAUCUCCAGUGUGAACAACAACAGAAGAAGAAGAAACAGCAGAACAUUUAACAUCCAAGAAGCAAUAAUACAACAGAUUUUUGAUUGAGAUUUUCACAUCUGACAGUUUGCCAAAAUGUACAUUUUUAAGAUGAGAAACGAAGUGGGAUUUGGUGGCAUUUAAAAGUUUGAGUAAAAUUGCUGGUACGCUUUUUCUUUUUCUUUUGUUUUUGUUAUAUUGAAAUUUAUUUAUUCAGCAAGACAGUUUCAAGUCUAAUUCAGAAUCCUGUCUGAUCUUGGUUAAUUUAAAAUGCUGGAAACAAAUUACUAAUAAACCUUAAACGCGCUGUACCUGAUUUUUAUUGCGUUAAAGCAUAAAAAAACAGAAGUAGUUCAUUUGAAACAGUUUACAUUGUUCCGAAGUUACUCCUCACUUACCUUAUUCACUCAGUCUCUGUCUCCAUGGAGAUGUUAUUGCUUUAUCUGGAAUAUGCCACAAUCUGGUAUUAGAUUUAUUAAUCUAUGUCCAUAAAAACAAGAAUGUGAUGCCACCAAACCAAGUUAGAGACCAGAUCUAUGGAGGGUAGGGUGUGCAAAAAUACUGAAAUAUUGAUAUAUCGUAUUGUUUAACGUGAAGAUACAGUUUUGAUAUCACGGGCUGCUGUAUCGAUAUAUCACCAAGAGUAUUUCUUGGUGUAUUUACCGUAUUUUUCAGACUAUAAAGUGUACUGGAUUAUAAGGAGCAUUAAGGAAAACAAACAGGCGACACUUGAAACUGAUCCUUAGUCCAGGUGUCCAUGAUCCACUGGCAGAUCGUGGUGUUACUUGCCCAGCAUUGCCUCAGGUCUUAGUGAAUGUGGAUUAUAAAUGUUAAUAUGCGUAGAUAAUUUGAAGUUUGGAUUUUUAUUUCCUACGAGCAGGACUCAAAUAUACAGUAAAAAUGUGUAACUAAGUAACAAACUUUAAACUAUCGCCAUGGCUCAUUUGCAUAAACUAUAAGCGCUGAAAAAAACAGCUCGAUCCUUGUGCGCUGAUGCAGUUCAGCUUCUGUCGGACAAAAGGACACGACUCCUCGAGGCUCCUGACUACAGUAGCUGUAAUGCUUUGACAUUCCAUCAAGCAGUGCUGCUUCAUAGUUUACCAAAGUUGUACUAAAACAUUUUGACGGAUUUUUUAGCUCUGUGUAUCACAUAAAAUCGGUUUGAGGUCAGUAAGCACAACCAGAAUGAAUACACACGGUGCACUGUCAAUUUUUGAGAAAAUUAAAGGAUUUUAAGUGCGCCUUAUAGUCCGAAACAUACGGUAACUAAAUUAUUUUGUUACAGCGCUACAGUUUUGUUGCUUUUUUAGUGGAAGGAAACACGUUUAUGCUGCACAUUUGACAUGUUCACUCCUUUGAUGAGUAAAAUGUUUAUUAAUUUUACACAAGAAGUGACUUGACAAAGGUUUUUAGUAUCAUAGCCACAAUUUAGCCAUUAUUUUUUAUUGAACCAUAUCAAAACGAUUUGAAAUAUAUCGAACUGAAUCGAAAGCUCACUGUAUCGAGGUGUGUAUCGUAUCGUCAACUUCUUAAUGAUACUCAGCCCUAAUGGAGAUGUGACCACGCCCUCAGUCAAAAUGCAUGUUUUUGAAUGUAUUUUUGAGUUAUAAAAACAACUUUAAUUGAACGAAUGCAAGAUGGAAACUUUUCAUUGCGUCCUGUGGAAUAUUCCAGACAAAGCAAUAACAUCAACAUAGAGACAAUAAGGUGGCGGACCCUCCCCACAAAAGUUACAUAAAAGACUUUAUAAAAAUAUAUUAAGCACCGUAUGAAAUGACUCAUAUUAGAUUCUAAAUUUGAUUACUUGCUUUUCUUUUCAGUUUUGUUUAAAAGUUUGAUGAUUCAGCUUUAAAUGCCUCUAAAUCCCACACUCUUUGCAUCAAACUCCUUCAAUCUUGAAUCAUCAUCGACCGACUACAACAACAGAAAUGUUGUGUUUUUGAAUUUGCACAAGGAAAGUAGCAGCAGGAAACAAACUCGGAAAAACUUAUGAAACUUUUUGAAAAUCCCGAGUUUUAUUUUGACUGAAAGGGAAAAAAACUGGAAACUCUCGUAGCUCGUUUCCUUUCGCAGUUUUCAUCUCCUCCUCCUCCUCCUCGUUACCAAAGACCGAAGCGUCGCAACUGGAUUCUGACAGAACUACUUUCCAUUUAGUGCCUCAUUUGUACAGAAAGAGUUGUUCAUCGGAGUGAAGUCUUACGGGUGGAGCUGCUUCCCUGUUUAACUCUCUGGACCUGGAUCUCAUUGGUCCGUUUAAAGCCAUAUAUUUUCGACGUAUAUAUUUUUUUGAAGGUACUAGACGCUGAUGUUGAGAUUUCCAGUUUAAUUUGUUCAUUUUGCUGUUCCCCCAAAAAGCAUUGCAAUGUUAAAACAGAUUGGAAAAUGACUCUGUUUUCUCAAAGGGCUCAUAUUACGCUGUUUUCUGAUCGCUUUCCUCAUCCCUCACAGACCUGGAGUUGUGUUUUUGUUUUGUUUCAUUCCCACAUGUUUAAGACACGGAUGCAGAUUUGUCUCGAACAGAAAACACUCUAUUCCACCUUGUGAUGUCAUGUAUUAAUACAGGAGGUGCUCCGGUGGGUUUUUAAACUACAUACAUCUUUACCAGAAUCAUUUGGAGGAUUUUAGCUCUGGAAUUGACCUGGAAUUAGUGUGACCAGAUUUCUCUAUUUCCCCGGGACGGUCCCAGUUUUGAGCGUCCCCAUCCCAGCAGAUUUAUACAAAACCAUUGAUUGAUUUGUGCAUUUUAUACAAAAAAUGUCCCAGUUUUAUACAAGAAACAUCCCAUGUGUCCCCUGUUUUGUCCCUUUUUGACCAAUUUGAGACUUGCCAGCAGUAAAAAAGACGUAUAAAUUGUAAUGGUAACACUUUAUAAUAACCACAUUAUUUAGCCUUAAUAAAGCAUGAACAAAAACUUAAUUAAUAAUGAACAAAGACUUAAUUAAUAAUGAUUCAUGCUUAGUAAAUGCUUAAGAAAAGAUAAUUAGUCUUCACUUUAGAAAAGCUCUCAAAAAGACUUACAGACUAACAGAUAACAGCUGCCUGAAUGAUCAUUGUAUUGCAUUAUUAGUAAAUCAUUCUCUCAUAGUUUACUAAUGAUUAAUAAAUGCUCAAAUGGUUAGUUCAUGAGUAAUUAAGUAUGAAAUAAUUAUGAGUAACUAUUUACAGCACAGGCAAAUUAAGUGCAAGUGCUAAUUAAGGUAGUAAUUAAGUAGUUACUAAGCGUGAAUCAUUAUUAAUUCUUUGUUCAUGAUUAAUUAAGUCUUUGUUCAUGCUUUAUUAAGGCUAAAUAAGGUGUAGUUAUUAUAAAGUGUUACCAUUGUAAUUUGUUUAGCUUAAAUACAGAAAAGCUGCUUCAAAAUGACCAAAACACAAAGAAAAUGUGACUAUACUGACUCACAUUUCCUGAAUAAAUCCGGAAUCGGCUGAGUGCAGAAUAAUUUUCUUUAAUUACACACUCGUUUCACUCGUUUUAUUAUUACCAGCCGCCACAAACCAGGGGAUGUCCCAGGUUUUGAUUCUGAAAAUCUGGUCACCCUGCUUGGAAUUUCUAUUGAACUCAAGGUAAAACGAGCUGUUCACUUCAAAAUGACCACUUUAUGACAUCACAAAGUGGGACAGAGCAUUUUGACUAAUAAUAAAGAGUUAUUCAAACAUGUGAUUGAAACAAAACAUAACUCCAGGUCUGUUUUUGAGGAGGUAACAACAUUAAACAUGACUUAAAGCUCAAAAGAGUCCAUUUUGCGUAAUACAUGUCCUUUAAAGAAACACUGUGUAACUUUUCUGGUAGAGUUCACCUCCUACGUUCAUGUGUUGUUUUAGGAGAAACUAUUAUUACUUUUACCUGGACAUGUUUCAGGCGCCCGCAGCUGGAAACAUAUCAUUUUGUGUUUUAUUUUUCAUUUAAAACCAUCGUCACAUUCAUCUCCAA